UCCAUCUGUUAAACGGCAGCAACAAACUUUGUGUGCCUUUAUCUGUUUGUAGUUAUAAAAGUAACUGCAAGUUUGGAAUAGAGCCUUUUUCUGAGACUAAGGACAGAAUAGAAGAUUGAUUUUUUUUAAAAAAUAUUUUAUUUUCUGUGUAUGCAUGUAUUGCCUGCAUGUAGAAACAAGUCCUUCAGUGUUAAGUGUUUUCUUCAAGGUACCUAGUUUGUGACAAUUGGAGCCCCAGGCUGCCCUCCUAUGAGAGUCUUCUACUGGGUCUAAAGGAGUCUUGAUCAGGAUGGCUUCAGGAUGGUUCUACCUGUCCUGCCUGGUGCUGGGCUCCCUGGGCUCCAUGUGCAUCCUCUUCACCACCUAUUGGAUGCAGUACUGGCGCGGUGGCUUUGCCUGGGAUGGCAGUGUAUACAUGUUCAACUGGCACCCUGUGUUCAUGGUUUCUGGCAUGGUGGUGCUCUAUGGAGCUGCCUCGCUGGUGUACCGCCUGCCCUUGUCAUGGGUGGGACCCAAGCUGCCCUGGAAACUCCUCCAUGCAGCCUUGCACCUGCUGGCCUUCAUCUUCACUGUUGUGGGGCUGGUUGCUGUCUUUCAGUAUCACAACCAUUCAAAAAUUGCACACCUCUAUUCCCUGCAUAGCUGGCUGGGCAUCACCACUGUCAUCCUCUUUGCCUGCCAGUGGUUCCUGGGCUUUUCCAUCUUCCUCUUGCCCUGGGCGUCCCAGUGGCUGCGAAGCCUCUUGAAACCUGUGCAUGUCUUCUUUGGAGCUUGCAUCCUCUCUCUGUCAAUCACAUCUGUCAUUUCCGGCAUCAACGAGAAGAUUUUCUUCGUUUUGAAAAACGCCACCAAGCCCUAUUCCAGUCUGCCAGGCGAGGCUGUCUUUGCCAACAGUACUGGGCUGCUGGUGGUAGCCUUCAGCCUGCUGGUUCUCUAUGUUCUUCUGGCUUCAUCAUGGAAGCGUCCAGAGCCAGGACUCCUGACCGACAGACAGCCCCUGUUGCAUGACAGGGAGUGAAGCUGGCAAGGGCUCCUGGGAAGUCGACGGUGCGGUCUAUGCUCCUGCAGUCUCUGCUCUACCUAGGGCUCCUGGCGGGUUUCAACAACAGACUUUGUUCUGCAGGGACCAAACUUCUUGCCUCGGGGUCAGGCUUGUACUCUCUAGCCACUUGAUGUCCAUCUACUUUUCUUGAUGGCUUUGGUUUCUUGGCAUUUUUUUCUGGUUCUCCAUCUGCACAAGCUCCUCCUUGCCCCGCUCACUCAUGCCACCUCUUCUGGUCUGCAGAACGUGGGCUUCUUUUCCCCUCACCACUCCCAGGGAUGUGGUAGAAAACCCUAGCAGCUCGCAGAAGCUGAAGCUCAGGUCUAGUCCAUAAACCCGAGGUAGGAAGUCAGCUCUCCCUGGAAGCACUCUGUCCUAGUUUGUUUCUCCACUGCUGUGACAAAACACUCUGACCAAUACCAACUUGGGGAGGAAAGGGUUUAUCUUAUAUCUCCCAGGUCACAGUUCAUCAGGGAGCCCAAGGUAGGAACUCA